ACACACACACAGGGAGGAUGUGUGGUUUCAGAGGCAUUCUUCUGCUGCUUCCUUUAACAGCUGUAACUGGACAAAUAUACUUCUUUACUGUCAGAGAUGGGGAUGAUGUGACUUUACCUUGUACUGGUGUGAUACCUGAUCAGGAUCAAUGCAGCCAAACCUGGAGAUUCACUAAUCCCCCUGGAGAGAUGACAGAGUUUGUCUUCUCCAGGAGAGUAGGUCAUCCUGGUAAGAAAUUAGACAGACAGAGUGUUUCAGCCAACUGUUCUCUGGUCAUAAAGAAGGUCACAGUCAACGAUGCUGGUCGUUAUGUCUGCAUGCAGAGGGACGUGUCAGGAUCGAAGCAUGAAGUCAUUCUGUCUGUUGUUACCAUUUCUCAACACAAAUACAGGAACGAGGAGACCUUAACAUGCUCCGUGUCAAGACAUAACCGAUGCAGAUUCUCAGUAAAGUGGGAUUUUGCAGUUAAAAAUGUGGGAUAUUACAUCUCUGACUACCGGAACUCUUCAUCACUGUGCUCAGCCAGAAUGACCUUCCUACCCUCGCAACAUUUUUCAUCGAAUUACAAGAUAUUGUUGUGUAAAGUGACGCACUUUUACACACAAGAAGUGAAGAAUUUCAUCUUCAGCCCUUAUUCUUCGGAAACGCAGGAAGGUGUGAACACAACUGUAUACGGUGAAGAUGCAAAAACAACCAAAAUCCCCAUAACAAGACCUGGAAUCAACACAUCAAGAACACAAGAUACUUGGUAUUUGUUGAGAAACAUCAUUGGGAGUGUGGGUUUAGCAGCACUCAUAAUAUCUGUGGUUACAGUCAACAUCUGGACCAGAACUAAAGGGAACAAGACACGGACGAGGGGAAACACUGUCCAUAAGGAUGAAGGUGAAGCUGAUGGUACAGUUCAUUAUGAAAACCUUGGAGAACCUUCUGUCUCUGUCAGAUUCCACUGAUCAGCGUCAGCAAGAUGACCCCACGCUUGAAUAUUGUUGGGAACUGAAGACUGAAGAAGAACACUGUAAGAUGACCAGAAACACACUAAUUACAUGUUUCAACCCCGUCAUUGUUUU